GAGGAGGCGGCGGCGGCGGCGGCGAAGAUGGCGGCCGCGGCUCAGGCGCUGAGUUGCUCCGGGCUGCUGCUGGCCGCCGCCGCCCUGGCGCUGCUGGCCGUGGCCAUCGGCACCGACUCCUGGUACGAGACGGACGCGCGGCGACACCGCGAGCGCUGCCGCGGCUACGGCCACAAGCGCAACGCCCACAGCAACAGCAACAACAACAGCGACCCGCCCGGCUCCAUGUCGGCGCCCAGCCCGCACCUGCCGCUCCGAGCCCGCCCGCCCAGGGCCCUGCUCCCCGGGCAAACCCCGCCGCCGCCGCCCUCGGCAGCGCAGCCGCUGCUGCUCCCCGGGGCCGCCGCCGUUGCCGCCGCUUUGGCGCUGGAAUCGCACUGCGGCCGCCGCUUCAACUCCACAGUCUCCGGCCUCUGGCGGCGCUGCCACCGCGCGGGCUUCGAGCCCGACAGCGAGGAGCUCAUCCAGAAAGGAGUCAUACAGCGUUGCACAUCUGUGAAGUAUCACUACACUUCAUCUUCCCUGCCACGCAACUUGCCUGUUAAUAUUACCAAUACUAUCCGCCAGGAUGAGUGGCAUGCCCUCCAUCUGCGGAGAAUGACAGCUGGCUUUAUUGGUAUGGCAGUUUCCAUCAUUCUCUUUGGGUGGAUCAUUGGUAUGCUGGGCUGCUGUAAACAGCAUGAGCUCAUGCAAUAUGUAGCUGGACUGCUCUUCCUUAUGGGAGGUACCUGCUGCAUCAUCUCCCUUUGCACAUGUGUGGCUGGGAUAAACUUUGAGCUGUCUCGUUACCCUCGCUAUGUCUAUGGGUUACCCGAGGACAUCAGUCAUGGCUAUGGCUGGUCCAUGUUCUGUGCUUGGGGAGGCCUGGGACUGACGCUUCUUGCAGGAUUCUUAUGCACAUUGGCCCCCUCUCUCAAUAGCCCCCGGACUGUCGUACAGAAACCCAGACAGGAAAAUGGUACUGUGUGAUGAGAAGGGAGCAAAGGACUCUAGCAAGCACAGGCCAGGCCAGGUCCGGCAGUGGGUUACUGCCAAUAGUGGGGGCAUCUGAAAUUCAUGAGGAAGGGAGGUUCCCACUGCAAACAAACGAAGGAGUUCAGCUGCUAUGUCAAAGACUCGGGGGGGACCCCUCCCUUCCUUCGAUUCUUCAGCCUGCCUGUCUGAUACAACCAACCAAAUCAGGUUAAUUCUUUAUUCCUGGCUUGCCUAAAGGGAACUUUUCUGUUAAAUAGGGUGUGUUGCUGUAGGAUCUGUGUACCAUUUAAGCUGAAUCAGAUUUCUGCUAGGAGCAGAAGCCACUGUGAAUUCCCUUUGGCGUCCUUGCGACUCCAGGGAACUCCAUUUCCAAGAAUCUUUGAGGACCAGUCAGAGGUAAAGACCAAAGGGAAAUCCAGCCAGUCUCAGUAUUCAUAGAAUCAUAGAGUUGGAAGGGACCCUGAGGAUCAUCUAGUCCAACCUGAAUAUGCAGCCGUCCCAUAUAGGGAUUGAACCCGUAACCUUGGUGUUACCAGCACCAUGCUCUAACCAACUUCGCUAUCCUACUGAUUCUCUUCUGCAGCAGGGACCUGAUGCUGUUACAGGCUUAACACAGCCUACUGCUUCAGCCUUUGACACCAGCUUAAGUGGGGGCUUUAUAGACAUUCAGACAGGAACAUUAGCAAGUUCUUCCUCUGGACCACACAGUAUCUAACCUAUGCCAGUUCUGGGAGCCAAAUAUGUAUAGCAGUAGCUCAUGAAAGGUUACUUCUGGGAUAACACAUAGGGAGUUAGAGCAAGCAGCGAAUAAAUGAGACUUCAGUGCUUGAGGAAUUCUUCCACGAAGGCAUCAGGCCUGAGUUAGUGUCAAGAUAACUCACACGCAUACAGAAAAGCAUUUUUGGGGAUGGCAGGGGUGGCUGAACCUAAUUAAGUUAUUUAGUCACGUGUGAUAUUCCUGCUUGAAGUAACACAAAGAACAAAACAACAGGUUUCUGGUUGAGGCAAGAAAGUGGACCAGGGCUCCCAUCCUAGAAAUGAUGUUGUCAUACCAACUGCUGUAAUAAGCAAAUGAGAUUUGCAAGCUGCUUCAAAUCCUUCCAGGCUGAGUGUAGAACUUUACCAUUUUGGAUAAUGAGCACAGAAACUUGAAAAGACAGCCCGCUUGGUAGCAUCCUCUUCUAACAGAAAAGGAAGCACUUUUUAUUAAAUGGACUCAGUACGCACGUGAACAACGAGAGCUGGGCCUAACUCAGGAACAUCAACAAUGGUGCUGAAGGGGAGGAACUGGUCUUUCCUCAUUGUACUCCUUUUCUGUCUCCUCAAAAGACUACACAGAAGCCUUUUUUGGAGGGCUGUUUACAUUGUAUUUUUAAGUGGCAUGUAAUUAAUAACUCAGUGCUAAAGUCAAUGUAUUUAUGGAAAGUGUGAUUUUUAAAUGGAAGUUGUAAGUUUCAAGAGGCAUUAAAUUAAAAGGCUUGGGUCCAGUGAGAAGCUGGAGAUUCUCAGCCUUUUGGAUCUCAUUAA